GCCUCCCAUUGGCCAUCGGCGCCCCGUGCGUAACGCCCCGGGCCGCUCGCUGAUUGGCCGCGCGGGCCAACCGUCGGUAUUUGAAUCGGCGGCGGGCGGACAGGAUCCCGGACUCCGCGCCUCCUGUGCCCUCUCCUCCGUUUCGUGGCCGGCAGAAUGAAUCUGCAGAUCUUCAAUGAUGAAAACGUCACUUGUGACAGAAGUACAGAAAACUGCGACUUCCUGUUUUCACCACCGGAACUUACCGGAAGAUCGUCUGUUCUCCGUCUGUCACAGAAAGAAAAUGUGCCCCCCAAGAGCAUAGCCAGAGCGAUGAAGGUGACUUUCCAGACACCUCUGCGGGAUCCACAGACGCACAGGAUUUUAAGCCCUAGCAUGAGCAGCAACCUCGAGGCUUAUUUGGCCCUGGGCGACACCGACGGAUUGGAAAGCUCUCACCUGGGCUGGACCCCCAAGAACCAACAGUUCACUAAGGAAGCGGAUGCCCAGACGAGCAACGGGAGUCUUCGGGAGCCGGCGGCUGGCGCAGAUCCCCCGCCAGAGGACUGGAGACCAGCCUCCACCGACCAGCAUUCGAGCGGGCCUGCCUCCACUCCCCAGGCCAGCCGGGACCCGUCCAGCUCCCCCCAGACCCCAGCAAGGCUUGAAAAGCGACUGGCAUCUGCAGGACAAGUGCCUGACAGCCCCGGGCAGGGCGCGGAGGGACACGCCGGUUCUCAUUCUCUAGAGAAAACUGCUGCAUCCUCCUCUGAGAUCCCAGAAGACACCCCCAGGAUGGUACCCCGAGACGGAGCAGAGGACCCUCACACAGCCACGGGAGACGGCUCGAGCGAAGUCCCCACUUCCUCGGCCAUGGUCACGUCCCCCGCUGGUACUCAGCCCGAAGGCCCCCGCAGAGAAAGCCCCUGUGCAGACCUGCCUGGGGCCCGGGCCGGCCCCCCAGAGGCUGGGGAUGCCACGGCCCCAAGUCCUCGGGAGGAAGCGGCCGGCGGCCAAGUGACCGACUCUUCAGGGAGUGGGCCCAUCACGCUAGAGUUGGACCUCUGUGACGACGCCACAAGCAAAAAACCACCUUCGCCGAGGAGUCUGGGGCAGAGGCCCGGCCCCCCGCCUCCCUUGAGGAGCCCCGAGGCCGGGCAGGAAAAGGCCCCCGCAGAGGCAGGCCAGAGCCCCGCUCUCCCUCCUCGGGGGUCCUACAACUUGGACUGGGACAAGCUGGAUGACCCCAACUUUAACCCGUUUGGAGGCAGUGGAGAAGCCCUGCCCUCAGAGCACCCCCAGAGCAGGCCAGCUGGUCUGGUGACCGAGCAGCUGAGCACUGGGCCUGCAGCCGCAGGGGCCUCACCUCAGAGCCAGCAGGUUCCGUCAGCCUCAGCAGAUGGCGCACCUGUGAUACCUGUGAUGCAGACCACGGCAGGGAGCUCAGGGGCGGUGGGCAAGGAGGAGAGCACAGAUUCUCCAGGGACAGCAGCGGCCACCAGCAGGCCAGACAGUGAGCCCACAGGCGUGCCCACUGACCCAGCGCUCCCUGCUCCUCAGUGGGGGCCAGGGCCGGCCUCAGACCUGAGUGAGGAGCACUUCCGAGACCCAGCGGACGUUCUAGGCACGGGGGCCGACGUGGACUACUUGGAGCAGUUCGGAGCGUCCUCGUUUAAGGAGUCAGCGCUGAGGAAGCAGUCCUUGUACCUCAAGUUCGACCCGCUCUUGAAUGGCAGUCCUCAGAGACUGGUGCCCGCGGCCCCCGAGACCCCCAGCAUGCAGGCUGCAGACGCGCCCUCCUGCGGGGGCCCCCUCGAGGCGACGCUAGUGGACCUCGACUUGCCCGCAGCCCCGGCCGGCCCCGUGCUGGGCCCGCCUCCAUGUGUCCUCGGGCCUGGGGGCCCGCUGCUGCCCAUGGGGCCCAUUGUGGACGUGCUUCAGUACAGCCAGAAGGACCUGGACGCAGCGGUGGCGGCGACGCAGAAGGAGAACCUGCAGCUGCGGAGCAGGUGCGAGGCGCUGCACGCCAAGAACCUGGAGAUGGGGAAGGUCAUGGACGGCUUCGAGCGAGUCGUGUACCAGUCGCUGGAGGAGGCUCAGAAACAGAAGGAACGUGCCGAAGCUGAGAUCCAGAAGGUUCUGAAGGAAAAAGACCAGCUGGCUGCAGACCUGAGCGCCAUGGGGAAGUCGUUCUCCGGCCUCCUGAAGCGGUUUGAGAAGCAGAAGGAAGUGAUCGAAGGCUACCGCACGAACGAGGAGUCGCUGAAGAAGUGCGUGGAGGACUACAUCGUCAGGAUCGAGGCGGAGGGCCAGCGCUACCAGGCGCUGAAGGCCCACGCGGAGGAGAAGCUCCAGCAGGCAAACGAGGAGAUCGCCCAGGUCCGCAGCAAGGCCCAAGCGGAGGCCUUGGCCUUCCAGGCGAGCCUGCGGAAGGAGCAGAUGCGCGUCCACUCGCUGGAGAAGGCGGUGGAGCAGAAGACUAAAGAAAACGAUGAACUGACCAGAAUCUGUGACGACCUCAUUUCCAAGAUGGAGAAGAUCUGACAGGGUCCUCGCCCUGCCCCCUACCCCGCCCCUGUCUGUCUGUCUAUCUGUCUGCGUGUCUGUCUGUUGGAAGAUGUCAUAUUCUCUCCUAACCUCAGCUCAUUUUUAAACUAGAUUACUUAAAAAAAAAAAAGAUUAAAUAAAGUUUUCCUUAAGUUUAAGCACUGAA